UCCACAAUCUUCGCUCGGAGUCGAUGCACGCGGAAACGAAAACUUUGAGAAACCGUGAAAUAACUUUAAAUGCGUUAAAAAAAUCAGGCAACACGUCCGUUCACCAUGAGCGUCGCGUUCCGAGUGGCGGCCAUUUUGUUUUUGGCCACGUGGCGCAGUGGAUACGGAUGUGACGACAUGGCGGUGUACAAAGUGACAGUUCGGUUUUUGUGGAGUGAAGAAAAGUUUCCGAAGGACUACCCUCUAUAUCGACCUAAGGCGCAAUGGUCACCGGUGUUUGGUCAAUCACACAACAUCUCCUAUACUCUCUACCGUCUAGGAGAAGUCGCCAAGCCGUCAGUUCGCGACUUCGCUCAGUUCGGCAAACUGAGUGACAUCGUGAGGGAGGGAGAGGAGGAGAGUUCUGUCUAUGACCAGUUCUCCGCUGAUGCUGUGGGCGGAGUGGGGGAGACGGGGAACAUGGUGUUUGUGGAUGAAGAGCAUACGAUGGUAUCGGUGAUAUCCCGCAUGAUCCCAUCACCGGACUGGUUCGUCGGCGUCGACAGCCUCAACCUCUGCGUGGACUCCAAGUGGCUCGACCAGAUUACCUUAGAUCUGGAGCCGCUCGAUGCGGGGGCCGCCAGUGGGCUCACAUUCACGGCCCCCCGGUGGGCCACCACGCCGCCGGCCCCCGUCAGCCGCCACGGACCCCGGACCCCGGACCACCCGGCAGCAGGUUUCUACUACCCCGAGUUGAGGGAACUACCCACUAUUGCCAAGAUAGAGUUCGCUAAGGUCAAAGAGUACACAACUCAAGAACUCAACAAUCUCAGACGAAAAGAACUAAUUGAGUCAAUGAUGAAGAAGAAGAGGAAAGACGUUCCUCGCAGAAGAGUGAACAGAGUGGACGUAGAAGUGACCACUAAGAGUAAUAUAGAGAAACUGAUGGAUUUAGAGGAAGACCCGGUCGGAACUCCCAAACCAAAUGUACCAGAUAAUAAUGUGAUAGUGGUGACCAAGGCUCCUGUUUUCACCACUCCUAUACCUGAAUUCGGUGAUCUCCGGAACAUGGACGACGUGAUCCUGGCGGUGGCGCGCGGACGGCGGUUGGGGCAGUCUCACCUACCGCGGCACUUUCGCUCCCGGCUGCAUCAUGCCGUCAACACUGUGCAGCCCACCGACUGUCUAGUAUCAGACUGGUCUCCAUGGACGCCAUGCUCUACAACCUGCGGCUUCGGGGACAAGUUCCGGACGCGGACGGUGGUGCGGCCGAAGACCGGACAGGGACGGGACUGUCCGCCGCUGAAGGAAAGACAGCACUGCGGGAACAUCAACUCGUGCGCGCAGAUAGAUUACUUCGAGUGGUGAAUGAAUAUAUUGUGUUG